AUAAACAUUCUUCGUAUCUUUAAUAGUCUCGGUCGCCAGGAAAGGGACAUUUUGCAAUUAACUUAUAUCUAGUUUUUUAGCAAUUUAAAUUAUUACUUUUGAUUUUCAUAUUUAAAGUGGAACUAACAGACCGUCAUCCAGAUUAAUAGUUUAUAGCCUAUCAUGUGAAAAAUGCAAGUGUCAUAUGGUGCUUGGGCCUAGUCCAUUGAUUCAAGUUGUUUUUAGCAAAGAGUAAAUAAGGAUGGCUCCUGGAAUCGGAGGAAACGGUGGAGGCCCUCGCCAAACUGGAACUGUUCCUAAAACCAAAUCCCACAACGAAGCAUCACGAGAGUAUAACGGAGCGACUCGUCGAGAUUAUCAUCCCUUCAAUCAUGUCCACAUGCCCAACAACCUGAGCUCGCUGGACUGGCAGCCUGUCAACGAGACGAUUCCUCACCCUCGCAAUCGCAAGGAAUCCAACACUUCAGCCUCCAGGUUUUCUGAAUCUUUUGACACAGAAGAAAAUGGCGUAACACAAGACAACUUGUGGUUCAACACCGGCCAACGCCACUCUGUGUACAACAGCGACGAUGAUGAGGUAUCUCAAGCGAGCUGGGCCGAGAACGGCUACAAGAGCAACAACCUAGGACAGUCAGACAAGGCGCAGCAGGUGGCGUCUCGGCUGCAUCAGAUCAGAGACUAUGUCAACCAGACAGUCAGCAUGAUGGACGGGCUGCGAGCUACCGGCGGACAGCGCAAUAUGGCUCAGCACGAGAAAUUAUCCUCUAUGCUGGAAGGCCUGCGAGACAGUGAGUUGAAACUUCAAUCCCUGUACGAACGACUGCAACGCAACCCUGCACAACCCAAGGGGGAACCAGACAAUUUUCCUGCUCAACAAAUGCUAGAUACAUCGAGAGAACGUGCCAACACAUCUGUCACAUCUUCCUCAAAAUCAUCAGAGGCAGCUAGGAAAAAUGAACUGAAGAAGCAAGUGCAUAUAUCUCAGUUGAAGCUACAAGAACUGCAAGAGCAACAAGCCGCUUUGAAGGCGUUGAAGCAGAAGGCUCAGGAACAGCUGAAUGAAGCCCGGGCCGCACAAGGAGCUCUGAUGGCAGCCCACGGCACCUCACAGGCGGCCGCCAACACUGACAACAUGAUACAGGAGAGACUGCAGAAUCUGCAGCGCUUCUUUGACGCCAGACAUCAGAUUGUGCAGAUUGCCGGCUUGGAGGACGAGGAAGCAGACACGUCAGAGGUACAGAACAAACUGGACGAGUUACAAGCCAAGAAACACAACAUGGACCAACUGUUGGCACAGUUCUCCAACCUGCACACUAAUGUGGCCAACAACGUUGCUGAUGAACUUAGUCCUGAUGAAUGUGAAAGAGACGUGCAGAAUAAAAUGGCGGAGUUGAAUGCCAUGAGGGAGUUUCUCUCUACGUUGCAGAACAGUGCUCCUCAGCUGAGACCUGCCUCUCCCCAGGAAAGAGUUGUGAAAAAAGACUCUCGUGGAGGAUCUGUGGAGAAGUCCAACACACCUACAAAUCAAACUCUACAUGUAAAAACUCAACAACUUAAUGAGGCAAAGGCGAGGCUUCAGCAGCUGCAGAACCUAUUGCACACGGUAGAAGAGUUACGCAGCAAUGGUCAGCCCAUACCUGAAUCUGUGCUGCGGCUGAUGAAUGGCUCAGAACACAGCUCCAGUCCUACGCAGCAAGACAGGUCGGAUAUGUCGUCACAAGAUCUGAAUGUAUCUCAAGGCCCAAGCGAUCGACUGGUCAACUCCAGUGAGCGUGCUGAGAUGUUUGAGCGUAGUUGUCGCUCACUCAACUCCUGCGAGCGAGAGAGAGUCAAACAGCAGCCGGCCAACACUGUCAAACAUAACAACCAAGAGGGAAAAGUUGGGAUGAAAAUUCAGCUCGAAGAACUCAUCAGAAACCAAGAUCUUAGUUUACCUCAACCAUUGCAAAGUUCCAGUUUCCAAGAGCCUGGCAACGGCACCACUAUUGGCACUUGGGGAGGUUCCACACAAAGCACCUUGGACGAGGGAUACAACCCCGACUACUCUGGAGACAUGACAGAGACAACCAGUGUGAAGAAUGCUCCCAGCUGUAGACAACCUCACAACAUGUGGCGGAAACCUUCCUCAGGUAGUGCGUCAAGGUACAGCUGGUCCACGCCCUAUGUGCCACAGGAGGUGAGGAGGGGAGGGGAGAGAGGGGACAAUGUACCAACUGCUGACAUCCCUCCUCAACCUGACACUCACUGGGUCGUUCAGCAGAUCAGUCAGUUACAGAGUCAGUUACAACAGAUGAGUGGAUUGUACAAGAACUUUGUAGAGAAGCAACAGAACUCUCCUCCACCUUGGCUCACACCACCCAUCUCUGCAGCAUUGGGUCCGUAUUGCCAGUACAUUGCGUCUGCAGGCCAAUGGCAGCAGCAGCAGUUGUUGGUUCACUCCUUGAACCAGUGUUGCCAACUGAUUUGGCACCAACAGCAUGAAUUGGCAGCACUGAAAGAGACCCUUGCGCAGUUGCACCACCAGAACCCAGAGGCAGCUCAGUUCUCCCCCCAACAAGUGGAAAUUUCAUCCCCUCCCUCCAACUUGGGUCGAGCGCACAACCAGAACCACAACCACAAUCAUGGGGCAGUCAAGCCAUCCCUCGCGCCACCUGCCGUAGUGUCGAGCGCUCACUCCCUACCUAACCUAGUCUCUCCUCAGUCGCCCCCCUCCCCACCCCCUGUCAACAAUCGUAACCUGUUAGCUUCUCCCACUGCGACAGUUCUGUCUCUCCCUCCCUCCCUCAACACAAACCCUGCCAACCCCAAUAUAUACUUCAACCCCCACACCCAGUUUACAGACCCCAACUUUAUCAACCUGUAUCCACCCUACGGAAACAAUCUGAAUUUUGAGUUUCCAUCUCCAGUUAAUUUUUUUCCUAACCCUCCGGAACAGUUUUUGCCGUUCCAUCCGCAACCACAGCCUGCCACUACCCUGAAUAACCAGGUUCCCCCAGGCAAUAGGGCUAACAACUAUUGGGACAAUUUUAGAAGCUACUCUCGCCAGAAUCUUCUUAGCAACAGUGGUAAAAGCAAUGACGGCCUGCAACAACAACAGCAGCAGCAGCAACAACAACAACCACAACAACAACAACAACAAUCACAACGCACACCCAUGGAGAGGUUCCUCAACACAGAUCAUGAGGGGCUGCCUCCACCUCCUAGGAGCAGGAAGGAGAGGCUGGUGCGGGGGGAGGUAAAUCAGCUGAUGACAAGAGCUCAGGUACACCAGGAGGAGGGGGAGGGGGAAGCUAGCGGCCACCAGUACAAUUUGUCUCUUCCUUCACAUGGCAGACAAGUUUUGUAUUCUCCACACAACAACACAUAUAGUGAGUCAGAAGGUAUGCGUCUGGUGAACGACUGUGAGGCUCCACGCGGUGCAAACAAACACAAGCGCAACUACAUCGACAUCCCGGCCAGGGAGGCCAAAAUCAGCCAGCUGAACAACUAUCAUACUGAACCCAGCGAGAGCAACACGGAAGCUGACAGUUCUCGGGCAAUCAACCUGCCGAGGAGGCAUCCUCGCAACAUAAACAGCAUCAGCGACAACAGCAGCAACAACAGCAACAAUCUGCACCAACAACAGAACUGCAUCGGGGACGGUUACUGUCUCAUGGCCUCAGACAAGGGUGUCAGACGCAAGGACAACCGAGGCAACCUCUCCAAGGACUGUAAGACUGAUGCUAGUGGUAGUGGGGACACUUUGGAGGAGUGUGUGUACUCUGAGGUCGCAGCUCUGAUAUCAGUGAAUGAGUGGAGACCACAAUACCUACUGCAGCUGUUCAAGGACCUACGACUGCUCAGCUCAUGUCCAGACCCUGGCAUGCAGGCCACUCUGUCUUCUACAAUACACGCCUUGGCAUCUCGUUCCUCUCAGGAGGAGCGUAGAGCGGGAGUGGGUGUGGUGAGUGAGGAGUCGGUCAGUACUCAGACAGUGGCAGCUCCUGACUAUCUCGCCAGCUUCUCUCAUCAACCUCAAACACGUAACUGGACACAGAAAGAAACUAUUCCCCCUCCCCCACCUCCACCACCGCCACAACUACCAUCUAACUGUGCCAAGCUAGACAGAGAGGUGCGCAGUGUUUUGACGGAGAUGUUGCCGUUCAUCAUGUCACAGGCUGGGGAGACAUGUGGCCCCGCCUUGCUGGAGAGUGUACGUAAACUGAUACUACACCUGGUACACACACCUCCCCCCGCCACUCAGGACCAGCUUGAUGCACAACUGGAAGACGCUCUACACAAGUUCAUCGGCCACAGGCUAGGAGAUGUUUAUGAGGAGUUGCUGAUCAAUGUAGCCGAUGUACUUAUCAGUGAGCUGACAUUCCUGCGUCUGGUCAACACAGUGCAUCACAACCACAGCACGGAGCAGCCGAAUGGUGAUGUUGUUCAAGUGGUGGAAGAAGAGGAAGAAGAAGAGGAGGGAGCCGUAGGAGGAGUAGUGGGGGAAAGUGUGUCUUCCUCUCUUCUCAACCUGCAUCCGGCAAACCAGGCCCGCAGAAAUAAGUUUGUUGGGCAGAGUGAGCCAGUGUCUGAGGCAGAUCUAGCUGAGGCCGACCAAUCACGUCACUCGACUGGUAGCGGUGGCGAGGAGGAGAGGGGGGACACAGCGGAGGGUAUUGACCAACUGGAAGAAGCAAGUGGUAGAGAUGUCAACAUGGCUACUUGUAACGGGAACCUUGCCACCGAAUCUAAGACUGAGGCUUGCUGGGCUGUGGAGCAGGACCGAGAGUUAGGCUUGGACCAAGUCCCGACACGACUACACAACUGCGAGACUGAACCUGACGCCUCCCAUCCCGGACCUCCCGAUCCCAAUACAUCGAUAUGAUGGUUUAGAGUUCUGCCUCUUCGACUCUGUUCCUUACUUUAAACCUUCAACAAGUAGACUCUGCUGCUGCUAGACUGUCUUAUUUUAUUUAAUCAAAUCAUUUUGUUUAUUUAGUAUAAUGUGCCUUUUUACUGUUAAAUUAUAAAUUACUUUAUUUAACAA